CACACAUGCCCGCAGCCUCCGCUGGCUGCCUGGAUGCAUUUCCCUCACUCUUACAUCCUCCUCAAAAACAUCAUAUCCGCAUAUUUAGUCUGUUUUUUUUUUAAUCAACAGUUUUUCAUGGAGAUAGUUGAUUAAGACGGACGCUUUACUCAGCGUGCGGAUCAAUGUGGAGCCAUGUGGACAAGAGCCAAGUGGAGACACGGUCGAUCCACUGAUCCUCUCUAGUGCCACCUCUCAGCCAUGAAGUUGGCUUUAGACCGGCUGGCGAGCACCACCAUGAGCAUUCUGACAACGGGCGUGCCCUACCUCGGGUCCAAUGAUGCGGUCUACGACGACGGCUCGAGCGUGGCCAUGACUGGAUUCCUCUCUGAUAAAACUGCUUCCAUUAGCAACUCCAGCAAGGAGGUCAUUUACAGCGCCCUCGCUCCUGUUCUGCCCACAAACGUGACCAACCUCCUGCUCGCUAAUGGGACUUCAGUGGAUAGUGGUGGAGCGGCGCAGUGUGCUGAGAACUUUGCGGACAACAUGGAGUGUUUUAUGAUCCUGACUCCGGGUCAGCAGCUCGCUAUCGCCAUCUUGGCCCUCACUUUGGGGACGUUCACAGUCCUGGAGAACCUGAUGGUGUUGUGCGUCAUCCUGCACUCUCAGACGCUGCGAUCACGCCCCUCCUAUCACUUCAUAGGCAGCCUGGCUGUAGCCGACCUCAUCGGGAGCAUCAUUUUUGUCUACAGCUUCCUGGACUUCCACGUCCUACACAGGAAAGACAGCCCGGGGGUCUUCCUCUUCAAGCUGGCGGGCGUCAUCGCCUCUUUCACUGCCUCCGUGGGCAGCCUCUUCCUCACCGCCAUCGACCGCUACAUCUCCAUCCACAGGCCCAUGGCGUACAAGCGCAUCGUGACCAAAACCAAAGCGGUGGUGGCCUUCAGCCUCAUGUGGAGCAUCUCCAUCGUCAUCUCGCUGCUGCCUCUGCUGGGUUGGAAUUGCAAGCGCCUCAACUCAGUGUGCUCGGACAUUUUCCCCCUCAUCGACGAGAAGUACUUGAUGUUCUGGAUCGGGAUGACGAGCGUCCCGCUGCUGUUCAUCAUUUACGCCUACAUGUUCAUCCUGUGGAAGUCGCACCAUCACGCUGUGCGCAUGCUGAGCCGCAGCUCCCAGAGGAGCGUCAUCAUCUACACGGCGGAGGGCACCAAGGUGCAGGCGGUGAGGCCCGACCAAGCCCGCAUGGACCUCCGCCUGGCCAAGACUUUAGUCCUCAUCCUGGUGGCCCUUAUCAUCUGCUGGGGCCCGCUGCUGGCCAUCAUGGUGUACGACCUCUUCGGGAAAGUGGAUGACUUGAUCAAGACAGUGUUUGCCUUCUGCAGCAUGCUGUGCCUGCUCAACUCCACCGUCAACCCGGUCAUCUACGCCUUGAGGAGCAAGGAUCUGCGUCGGGCCUUCAGCAACAUCUGCACCUUGUGUCAGGGAAGCGCGCAGCCUCUGGACAACAGCGGGGAGAGCGACGGGUACGGCAGGAGCGUCAGAGGAGGCGUUGGUGGUGCAAACGUGCGAGUCAAAGUGGCACAGGUGUCCAUUUCUGGAGUGACGGAGUCCACUUCUACUGCAGAGCCAGUGUGAAACUACUGUGGUCCCAGUGUGCCAACAGUAUUUAUACAAACAUACACACAUACAUACCCUCCCUGCGUUUCACUGCGGACUGUGCUAAAAAGUGCUAACAACCUUCUAAUAGGCAUCUACAAAGACCGCUAGAAAUGCUUAGAUGACCGCAAUGUACCCCAUAGGGCAUCUUCCAGUACCUCACAAACGUAAGCACACCCCUCACAUUUCAGCCAUCAGCUUUAAUACAGGAAGUCUUUUCAACGGACCAUUUAUAGACAUGAGAUUUGGAUCUAGAGUAGUCAGUGUACAGCUUGUAUAGCACUGAAAAUGACUCAACGCACACCCGUUAUUGUCUAAAUAGCUGGCAACACAAGAAAGGAGCAAGAUACUGUAAUUGUGUUCGUGCCUCCAGUACAGUCAAGCAAGACAAGUCACGUCACCUCACGGUCUUGGGGCUGCAUGAGUGGUGCCGGCACUGGGGGGGAACUGCGGCUCAUCGAGGGAAAUGUUCAACUUGUACUGUGGCGCUGUGAACCAGAGCAUGCUCCACAGGCGUGGACAACAACUGUUUCAUGACCGACAUGCAGAAUGCCCAACAACUGACCGCUCCAUGACUGCAUAAACACUGACUGACAAGCUGGCUCAUGACAGUACAUGUUGGAAUUUGUGUUUCCCCUCAAUGUACCACUGCUCCACAGUGCCGGCAGCACUCAUGCAGCCCAGACGCUACCACGACCAUGCUUGACAGUAGGCAUGACACUUGUAUUGUGUUGCCAGGUACAGUAUUUAGACAAUAAUGGCUGUUUGUCUAGUCAUUUUUGGUCAUUUUCCUGAAGUUUUCAUUUCUAUAUAUUUUUCUUUUUUUCACCACUUCCUGUUGACCGGAAAGGACGUUCACGGCUUUUGCUACCGGAGUUUUGAACUAUUUUGGCACUUUCCUGACCCCACAUCACGAUCACAAGAACCGGACAGCUUGCUGACACCUUUGACUUGAACUCGAACUGGCGUGAGGUAUGGAUUUUUUGGCGGGAAAAAAAAAAAAAAAAGGUACAAGGGGCCACCAGCGGCUGGGAAGCUAAGCUAACUGGCUAACCGCUACAGUUCAAAGCAGUUGCCCAGCAAAAUGCUAAAGAAAAAGCAAAAUGAUUCUGGGCCGGGGAAUUCGAGUUCCUGGAAACAGAAUAUGAUGGAAUUACAAUUAUUAGGUGUAAUUAGGAUUUUAAAUGCCUGCAAGCACAGAUUGGAAAGUUUGUAAUCGCAGGACAACAACUUCGAGUGGACCCGCCCUGAGAUUCAAGAUGAGAUCAAGAAUAUGAGGAGGCAAAAUAAAGCACUGCGCCGUCAUAUGAUAUGAAGGUCUUGCAAGGGGAGGAAAAAAAAUCAUUGUACAAAAGGAAGAAUACAGUCGAUGAGCUGGACCAGAACUCAUGAGUGAGCGGCGUGAUUGUGACGGGGCUCCGAAUUACACUCGGGUCAUAUGCCAGGGCAGUUGGAAACAGGAGAGCCAGACAUAACGGAUGUUGCCAGCUUUCUACAAUCAAAAGGAGGCAGACGUACAGUAGAUAUCAACACCGUCGUCACAUGCAUUCCACUGUACGGAAGAAACAUCACAACAGUCAUCAUCGUUAAGUUCACCAGCAAAAAAUUCAAAACCACACUGUUGAAACAGGGAAGGAAGCUGAAAAGUACAAACAUGUACGUCAACGACCAUCUGACAAAACGCAGUGGGGACAUCGCCAAGAAAACACGCACCAACUGCAAAAUUACCUAUUUAUAUAUUUAUUACUUCUCUAUUUAUGAACGUCUAUAGAUUUUAUUUAUUUUGCUUUAAUAGAGAUCAUUUUCUUCCAUUUCUACAAAAACAAGGAAAUGGUACAUACUGGAAUACAGGAAGUGAACAAAUGUAUGAGCAACUGCUGUUAAAGGGAGAAGGCGUAGGAUUAAAUGAGAUCUGCUUCUUCCUACUUUUCGGGCAUGUUGAAUUGCGCAUUGUAAGCAUGCGAAGCACUCCAGUCUAACCUGUAUGCAUGAUCGAAAUCAGAUGAAAACCAACCAACAUGGUAUUGUCCCCUGAGAAGAUACAGGAUGCUGUAAUUAAUACCGGUUGCUCGGAUGCCAGGGGUGUACUGUAGUCAUUUUUGUGAAAUACGAGUGUGUGAACAAUAGAAGUGUCCAGUGUCACAAACAAAAUGAAAUAUGUCAUAUAUGCAGAAAUGUAUCAUCAUGAAAGAUGACCGUGGUUGUUGUAGUUGUAGUUGCGGAUGAUACCAAUAGUGUGGCCGUAAUGCUGCCAAAAGACUGGAAUACUAACUGGAAAUCAGCUGUUAAUGACUUGGUAAUCGUUCUGUUCGCCAUUUCAGUGUUCGUGAAGACUGUUAAACAUGCUCGGCUUUUUAAAAGUAGCAAAUCGUUGUAGCGCUCGCGUGCUUUGUGACACUACACUGCCAUAUUGAUGUCAAAAGCAUCUAUGGUGCCAUCCCGUUUUUCCGACAUGAGAGAGUCUGUUUAUUUUUAUCCUGUCAUCGUACACUAUGAUGUUUUUUUCUAAA